CAACAUCAACAUCGAAUGGGACCUAUAAAUUUUGCAAGAGUGCGUAAUGAAAUGCAUGAAAUGAAUGAGAACAAAGAAGACCCAUCACAGGUUGAUGUGUUUGUUGCAACUCGAAUUGGACGAAAAGGAAAAGAGCUUGAUUCAGGAACACAAGCUGUUAUUGAUAAACUUAAGAGCCACCAAGAAGCUGGAGACACUCCCGAGAAAGCAUUUACUGCAGUAUUUGGCAAAGAACAACCAGGAAGAGUUCGAUGUUAUGGGAGGACAAUCACAAAAACAUCUCUGCAAAAAGAAUGGGAGAUUGCUAAAAUUAAGCAGCAACAUGCAGAGACUAUAAGUUCAAUGAAAACUGAACUUCAUGAGACAAAAGAUAGAGUCCAAAGUUUGGAGGAUCUUGUGAAGCUUCUCUUGCAACAGAGUUCUCUUGGCACAAAUAUUGAUGAAGCACUAUCUUUAUUACGAGCCAAGGAAUCAACACAUGAUAUAAAUAGUAAGCAAUGUUCGAAUGGCAACGAUCGUCCUUCCUCAUCAACUCCUGAUCCAAAGUAAUGACCAGGUAUAACAAAAAAAUUUGCAGUAAUUUUUGUGAUUUAUCAUUUAUUGGGAAUGGACUAUCAACAUUUUUGGCCUUUGCUUUCUCUGUCUUUUGCCAUCUUACUUCAUGGUGGCUUCUGCAAUACACUCUUGCUAUUUUUAAUCAAUCAUCUUUUUUUCUUUUUCCUUUUUAAUUACUUAUUUUUGUAGCGUUGUGCUACUGUGAGGAAGAAAUUUUUUUCCUCAUUGCUGAAAUAAUGUGGCUAUGUUGGGGAGUGAUGCGUGUUGUCACUGCAACAGACUCUAGUAACUGCUGUUUCAUUCGCAGGAAUGACAGAAAUUGUCAAGGGAGUUGUUUCAUAUCUUUAUCUUUUCAUU